AUGAUCCAUUCAGAGGAGGCCAUCUUGGUCCCUGGUCUUCAAGCCCUCCCUGAGCUUCCUCCGCGUUUCUUCAUCCCUCGCCUAGAUGACAAGCCACAGAACCCUAUCAUGGAUACCCUUCGUCUCCUCGAGGAAGACACUCUGCUCCACCGCCCCUGGUGCGCAUCUCCACUUUCCGCGGACACCUUGAGAUUGGUCGAAGUCAGGAGGCAGGAGUCAGCGGAUUCCUUGUGGCGACAAGCAGUCUCUCGUGAGCAUGGGCAUAUGAAUCAAGUCCUCUCAUGGGAUGCGCUUCGCUCGUCCUAUGACCGUCACGCUGCUCCGUCCCCUUUCCUGUCUGAACAGAACACCUCAGCGUUCGCGUCAGCUCGAUAUCACCUUCGACCGCCAGUCCAACGCCCAGAUGUGCGGCUUGUCUACGUUCAUGUGCCUGAAUUAUUUCAGUCCUUAAUCCUGACAGUAUGCGGCACGUCGUCGUCUCUACACAUCUGGGACCAUGUCUCAGAGAAUUUCAAUGUCAGAAACCUGCAAAAUAGGCCUCGAGGAGAGAUUGUAAUCGUAGGGAAAGAUGAGAUCGUGAGCUCAAGUCUUUUGAAGCGCUUCCUUACCAUUGGAAACCUCAUGCGUCGACUCGAGCUGCUCACGGAGCAAGCAAGGCAAGACAAUCUGAAAUUCGCAUUGCUUCUUCCGCACUCAACUCCGGUUAUCCAUGCAUUUGUGCAUACGCUUUCGACUAUCCUCGCAAGCUUAAGGAGGAGUGCCGAAUGUAUACCUGCGGAUGUAAGGGCCAUACCUGGCGCAGACGCCAGGCUAACGGCACUUUGGACACAAUAUGAAGAAAUGGAGAGGAUCCUUGAAGCUCUAGCACGGCUGUGUCGACGGGAAGAAAAUAUACAACCCUCUGACUACGCCGAUUUACCACAAUCACCGGCCCCCCUUCUUUCGCUCAUCUACAGCCAUCUUUCGGACCAUAUAGAAAGUGCCUCCCCACGCAUCGUCAUCGCAACACUUGCAUACACGCUUACAGUCACCUCCCGUGGCUAUUUCCAACACCUUUGUACCUCACGAGCUGGAGUUCCCGGAUUUCAUCGUCCCAACCUCGUUGAGGUUCUCACGCGAGCACGCAAAUCUCUUGCCUUGUUGCAUGCGGCAGACUCCCAACACGCGCUGCUCACCGACCACCAAGUUCGUGCGGACAUCAAUUGGCUUUGGACGGAAGAACAACUAGAGAACAUGGAAGACGAUCUCGCGAUCAGCCCAUUCAUCCCCGCACUCGAAAAAACACCCUGCAAGACACUCCACAUGAGGCCGCAGCAGAUGAUCUUCAAGAUCUUCGAUCUCCGCCCUGUCCGAACAGCUCUCUCCGAGUUCCUCAACGACUUCCCACAUACUCUUCCUCGUCCACACCGUCCCUCGCCCAUUGACCGUCCGCGUACUAGCCCCGCUGGUCACUCAUGCGCAGGCGCUCUCAGGCGCUCUCGUGCGAGGUUCCUCUCGCCCUCCACACCUCUUCACCUCCACACCCAUCUCGUUCUCCUCCGCGGAUACAUCCUCAUCACCUCACAUUCGUUCAAGGCGCGCCUUCAAGAUGCCCUCUUUUCGGACGCCGAAGAUGUCAGCGCUCCAGCCGAGGCGAGGGAGCGCUCAAGGCGCCAGAGCGGCAAAAGCACCAGUCGAAGCAGGGCGGCGAGUGAGGCUGGAAAAGCGGAGGCCAAGAAGGCAAGACGGGCAAUUGCGCUCUCCCCGGCAUUGACCAUUGGCGACAAAUGGCCACCCCUAGGAUCCGAUCUCAACUUUUUGCUCAGGACGGUCGUUGUCGAUGCGUUAGAGGAGGGCCGGGUCGUCGGCGGUAGCGAGGAGAGAGACCAUGUUGAUGCGGCUACACAGGCGCAUGCGGAGAUUGUCGAGGAGGCGGAAUGGAGGCUCGGGUUUGCAAUCCGUGAUCUGCCUAUCGGGACGGGCAAGGAAAAGUGGCUGAACCCACUGUGUGAGGCUCUGGACUUCCUCUACAUGCACUACCAACCCCCAUACCCCCUCGACGUCCUCAUCACGCCCGCCGUCCUGUCCAAAUACCACCGCAUGUUCGCGUUCAACCUCCGCCUCAUGCGCCUCGAGAACGUUGCCCGCACCCUCUUCCGGCUCACCCGCGCCCAAGCCACCCCGCUCUUCCCAACGCUUGCGCCCGCCAACAAGCUCCUGCUCCACUUCCGCUUCGUCGCGCAGGCGUUCACCAUGGCGCUCGCCUCGUACGUGUACGACGUCGCGAUCGGGAGCAACAUCGAUGGCCUCCUCGCCCGCCUCAACGCCGCCGCUGCCGCGACCGACCGUCCGCACGCCGGUGUAGCCGGGUCGCUCUCCGCCAGUGGUCUCGGGGACGCUGCGCCCGAGCGGGCUGAGGCAAAGGCGUCGUUCGCGGACGUCUUCGCGCUCGCGGAGCACCACUCGCGGGUGCUCGACGACGUGCUGAGCGCGUGCCUGCUCCGCUCGGGCCAGAAGGUCGUCGGGGACAUCCUCCGGGGGUGCAUGGAGCUCGUGCUCGAGCUCGGCGUCCUCGCGGGCGGAUUGCGGGACGGGGCGGUGGAGGAGUACGAGGCCGCGCCGGCGCUGGAGGAUCUGUGGGGCAGGUUCCGGGGCAGAAUGGCGACGUUCGUGAAGGUGUUGACGGCGUUGGUGGAGAAGGAGGCGGACAGCGCGGGGCUCGUGUUGGGCGACAUUCCGCUCCACUUGAUGCAGGGGCGUCAGCGGGUCUCGGGGACCACUGCCAAUCUCCAUCAGCUCUCGCUCAGGCUGAACAUGACGGAAUGGUGGACCAAGAAGGUCGAUCGCGAUUCUACCGCGUACAAAACGAUGCCUAGAACAAAGCAAAAUAUGGGAUGGAGGUAUACUACAGUGAUUGAUGAGGAUACUACUAACACUACUUGA